AUAAUGGAGAAGAGAUUUUACAAAACCUGUUCCAAACAUGCUUACUAUUAAUAUAUUAAUAGAUUUGAUCCAAAAUUGCUAGCCACUUAUUAAACUGGAUAUUAUCACGGGAUUGGAAGACAGUAUAUUUUCUAAAUUAAGUUAAAGAGGAUUAUUCAAAACAUUAGUUUUGAGAUAAGCAGGUGACAGUAUUGGAAUGGAAGAGGAUCACAGUUAUACUUAUAAGAUGCACGUGAUGGCCAUGAACCUAAUGUAUAGAAGUGGUUGGGUGUUAUUUGCUUACAUUCUUAUUUGGAAUACAUUUUUAUUAGGAGAUCCCUGCUAAGUAUUCAAUAAUAUCUAAUGGAUAGGUGUUUAAUACAUCUUAUUGGGACUUGGCAUGCAAACCAUCUGGAGAUAUGGAUUACAAUACAAGAUAUGAAAUGUUGUACGUUCAAGACAGAGUAUUAAGAUUCUGACCCAUUAAGUAUAAAAAUAUUAUUAUUAUUUUA